GGGGCAAGGCCCGAGCCCUGCGCGGCCGCCAUGCCGGCGGCGGCUGCUGCUGCUGCUGCCGCCGCCCCCCUGAUCAGUUCAGUGCAGAAGCUGGUGCUGUACGAGACCAGGGCUCGAUAUUUUCUCGUUGGAAGUAAUCCUGCAGAAACCAAAUACCGUGUUUUGAAAAUAGAUCGCACUGAACCAAAGGAUUUGGUUAUAAUUGAUGAUAAGCAUGUGUAUACGCAGCAAGAGGUGAGGGAACUUCUUGGCCGUUUAGACCUGGGAAACAGAACAAAGAUUGGGCAGAAGGGCUCUUCUGGGUUAUCUCGAGCUGUCUCUGCUUUUGGCGUAGUAGGUUUUGUCAGGUUUUUAGAAGGCUACUACAUUGUGUUAAUAACAAAAAGAAGAAAAAUGGCAGAUAUUGGAGGUCAUGCAAUAUAUAAAAUAGAAGAUACAAAUAUGAUCUACAUUCCAAAUGACUCUGUAAGAGUCACUCAUCCUGAUGAAGCCAGGUAUCUGAGAAUCUUUCAAAAUGUGGACCUUUCUAGCAACUUCUAUUUUAGUUACAGCUAUGAUCUAUCUCACUCCCUUCAGUAUAAUCUUACUGUCCUGAGAAUGCCACUUGAGACAUUAAAAACUGAAACAACCCAGACCCGACAAGAGAGUUUUGAUAUAUUUGAAGAUGAAGGACUUUCAACACAGGGUGGAAGUGGUGUAUUUGGGAUUUGCAGUAAGCCUUACGAAAAGUAUGUGUGGAAUGGCAAGCUUCUGGAUGCAGUAAAAAAUACUGUUCAUCGUGACUGGCUGCUGUAUAUUAUUCACGGAUUCUGUGGGCAAUCAAAACUGUUAAUAUACGGUCGCCCUAUAUAUGUCACUCUGAUAGCCAGAAGAUCAAGCAAAUUUGCUGGAACACGUUUUCUGAAACGAGGAGCAAACUGUGAGGGCGAUGUUGCUAAUGAAGUGGAAACAGAACAAAUACUUUAUGAUGCUUCAGUUAUGUCAUUUUCUGCGGGGAGUUACUCUUCCUACGUUCAGGUUCGAGGAUCUGUCCCUCUGUACUGGUCUCAAGAUAUUUCAACUAUGAUGCCUAAGCCACCCAUAACAUUGGACCAAGCGGAUCCUUUUGCACAUGUUGCUGCUCUUCACUUCGACCAAAUGCUUCAGAGAUUUGGCUCUCCCAUUAUUAUUUUGAAUCUUGUGAAGGAACGUGAAAAAAGAAAGCACGAAAGGAUUCUUAGUGAAGAACUUGUUGCUGCUGUGACAUAUCUCAACCAGUUUUUACCCCCAGAGCAUGCAAUUAUAUAUAUACCCUGGGAUAUGGCCAAAUACACAAAAAGCAAACUUUGCAAUGUCCUUGAUAGACUGAAUGUGAUUGCAGAAAGUGUAGUAAAGAAGACUGGAUUUUUUGUUAAUCGACCUGAUUCCUACUGCAGUAUCUUGCGGCCAGAUGAAAAGUGGAAUGAACUGGGAGGUUAUGUUGUUUCCACUGGUCGCUUGCAGACUGGAGUUCUCCGAACUAAUUGUGUGGACUGUUUAGAUCGCACUAACACAGCCCAAUUUAUGGUGGGAAAAUGUGCUUUGGCAUACCAGCUCUAUUCAUUGGGAUUGAUUGAUAAACCAAAUUUACAAUUUGAUACGGAUGCUGUUAGAUUAUUUGAAGAAUUAUAUGAAGAUCAUGGAGAUACACUUUCUCUGCAAUACGGAGGUUCUCAGCUUGUCCACAGAGUAAAAACCUAUAGAAAGAUAGCUCCAUGGACUCAGCAUUCCAAAGAUAUUAUGCAAACACUCUCAAGAUACUAUAGUAAUGCUUUCUCAGAUGCAGACAGGCAAGAUUCUAUCAAUCUCUUUCUGGGAGUAUUCAAGCCUACAGAAGGAAAACCUCAUCUCUGGGAACUUCCCACUGAUUUUUAUUUGCAUCACAAGAACACCCUCAGUCUGUCACAGACCAGGCGAAGCUAUACUUACUGGUGGACUACAGGUGUGCUAAAGCAUUUACCUCUUCCUUUUGAUGAAGUGACAUGUGCUGAAAACAGACGCAAGUUGACAGUGAAGAAAUUCCACAAGUAUGAAGAGGAAAUUGAUAUCCACAAUGAGUUUUUUCGGCCAUAUGAGUUGAGCAGUUUUGAUGAGACCUUCUGCUUGGCGAUGACCAACUCUACACGAGAUUUUAUGCCUAAGAAUGUGGGGAUUGAUCCAAGUCCAUUUACUGUUCGUAAACCUGAUGAAACUGGAAAAUCAGUGUUAGGGAACAAAAGUAAUAGAGAAGAAACGGUGCUACAGCGCAAAACAGCUGCUAGUGCUCCUCCACCCCCAAGUGAGGAAGCAGUGUCAAGUAGUUCUGAAGAUGAUUCUGGGACAGACAAAGAAGAUGAAGGUGCUGUUUCUCAGCGUUCAACUCCAGUAAAAGUGACUGAUACAGGAGACAAUACAAAAAUCACAGAGAAUGUAGUGCAAUCAACAAAAGAUGUGUAUGGACUCAAUCUUUCAGAUGUUCCUUCAGAAGAUGAUCUCACAAUAUAUGCUAGGUGAGAUAGACUUCCAGUGGUAAUCAGUAAAAGAUAAUUUGGAACUUAAAAUCGAAUGAAAGAUGCUUCAGUAGAAAUACUUGUCACUUAAUAUAGUCCUAGAAAUUAAUAAGCAAGUUCCAUAUUAGGAGUGGUUCCAUGGUUCUAAGCUACAUAGUCUAUGAUUUUUGCAUUUUUCAAAUGUUGAAUUACACUAAUUCAAAUUAGUCAUAAGUGAAAUAGCCUCUUCUAUAAAAAUGCAUACAAAACAACAGAAGUUGUCUUUUUUAAACGUUAUGUGUUAUUCGUAGAGAUAAGUGUUACCUGUUACCUUUUACUCAAAUUUAAAUAGUUGUGUGACUUUUGUUGUUCAAGGAAAAUUGCUUUUCUGAAUAAUAUUCAGCCUUUUUCUUGAAACAUUUUGGCCUUUUGAGCUUGAAAUAAACAACUGUAGAUUUUAUAGGGAGACCUUAAGACCAUUACUAAAUCUGGUAUAGACUAUGAGGAGAAGAGUUGAGAAAAGUGGCCAGAAUAACUCACACUGUAGAAGUAUGGAUAGCUAAGUGACUUUGAGUACUGUAAGUUUCAGGAGAGGGAGAAGUCAGUUUGGCCGUUGCCAUUAUUGGAGUUUCAUGAAAUAACGACAUGCAAAUAAACAUGGUUUGAGGGUUUACGCGUGUGUAUGUAUAUGCACAGCACCAAGCGUAGUGUGUAUAAUAAUGUGCUCUUGCACACUGCGUUUUGAACAGCAUCAUACUGCCACUUGUUCUUAAUAAAUGGUUUUGUGAAUUCAAACCAUACGUACAGGAAAUGAGUAAGAAACAGCAUAGUGCAAGACAAAAUACAGCUCCUUGGGUGGUCCAGCAAGUUCCCACUCAGUUCCUGCACUUUGAGGUAAACUGCUACAACGUGAGGCAGCAUGCUGCACAGCACCUGCAGGCUCUCCUCAGGAGCUAGGAGCUGCUGGCUUACUGUGAGCAGUUGGAGGUGGGAGUUGGUGAGAAAGCAUCAAGGUAUCACCUUCCAGCUCCAACUACUUGAAAACUUCUGCUUUUAUUCAAGGGUAACUUGGACUUUUAUCCUCUACAAAACAGUUGUCACCACUCCUGCAGGAGCCAUGAACUGUCAGCUCCCCAAGAGCAAUCAGCAAAUUAAUGGUGUGCUUCUCCAACAAAAGGCAGUGACUCCCAUUGUAUCAGGAAUGCUGUUUCUGAAUUGCCAUAACCCCAUAUAGAGCGCUGGCUAUGUGUUGCCAUUGUUAAAAAAUAUGUACUUACGCUAUUGUUCUCAAAUUCUCUCCUCAAUAUCACAAAAUAACACUGAAGCCGAAAAGAAACUGGUUCAAAUCUUCCUUUUUUCUUAAAUUGGAAAUUAAUUUGAACCUUUUGAAUUUUUUUUUAAUUCAGACCAAAACUAAGCUAGAAUAAUUUCAGUUAUAAAUGAACUAGAACUGAACCGAAAAGUUACUUAUUCAGUUCCCUGGUGGAGGAGAUUCUUUCCUCAACUGCAAUAUUUUUCCUUGAAAACUAGUCAGAAUCAUGGGAAUUUAGUACUGGAGAUCAGUUGGAGAAAUUUAGAUCCAAAUUGAAGACCCUCUUAGUUCCUAAAGGCUUAUGCAGUUGCCAAGAGAGUGAUUGCUUAUGCAAGACACCAGGAGUGCAAGUCAAUUACAUUUGCUUAAUAAACCACUGUUUCAAACACCUGCUUAGAAUGUAGAAUUAAUGGAGUUUGAGAAAAGGGAUGUAAGAAAACUACCUGUUGUCUCAGAAAAACACUGUGUGUAUAUUGAAGUGAGUACUUGGGAGGCAUACAUUGAAAUGGGCUUGUGUGUGUUUGUUUUUAUUUUCUAAUGUGUAAUAGCACUGAUUACGUUGUUAUAUUUGAAACCUUUUCAAUUUGUGAGAGAAGUUUUAAUUCACUGUAUCUUCUCAUUUGGUGAUAUGUGAUGAUUAAUCCUGACUCAGUUCAUUAAUGCUCUCAAAACAUUAUUUUUACUUAAAAGUCUUUUUCUGUUAAUUUUUUUUUAAGGGUAGCUACUUCUCUUGCACUCUUUAGUUCUUUGCAAAUUCCCAUUUCUACCUAUUUCCUACAUGUGGAGUAAUUUGAAGAUAGUACACUUGAAUAGGGUUGAGGAGGAUGUUUCUCAGUAUCUCUGAAAUUUUUAACUUCACCUAUGCCUCUAACUUUGGUUCUUUAUUUUAAUCACUAGAAAAUGGAUGCCAAUUUGACAAUUACCCUUUGGUAUACUGGGUAGUUACUGUUGCUCUGCAAAUGGCCCAGUACAAGCUGGUGUCUACUACGAGUCACUUUGUGCAGAUGAACAGCUCUGUGAUAACAUCCAGAAUUGCAGCUACUUCCCGUUUUAUCAUUCUUCAGGCUGGACUAACAUUCAGCCUAUUGUUACAGAAGUACUGUAAACUCCAGGGGGGCUUUGAAGCUCCCUAUUCAUAUCUUUUCAAGACAAAAAAAGUUUGCAUGUAUUUCAUUUCCCUCAAGCAAUGCAGGUUUUAAAAACAGAACAAUUACAAAUUCCUUACCUCUUAGGUAACAAGGCACAGUGCUAUUUAUAGUCUGAUGUGCUGAUUUAUGUGGAAAGUAUAGAUUUUCCUGACAUCCUUUAUUACAAUGUACAUCAUUUGAGAAUAGCAGCAAUUUAUUUCACAGUAUGAUUAUAGUUCUCACUUUGCGUCUUUUUUUAUUUUUCGUAAUAAGGGAAAUGGAGAUGCAAGUUCCUGACUCUACUUGACAUCAUUGGACAUGUUACGUAUUUUUUUCUUCAUUAGCAUCAGGGAUUCACAGAUUUAAAGUACCUCAGGUUAAGUUACUUUUACGUCAACUGUUCUAUAUUAAGUAUAUAUGCAAAUACAAAUUAAAAGUAAUUUGAGUCUGUCCAGCCCAUUUUCACUGAUGGCUGACAUCUUUUGUGUUAAUUCUCAUCAAAAUAGAGAUCACAGAACCACAGAUUGGUUGAGGUUGGAAGGGACACGGGGUCCCUCAAUUUGAGGAUGUAUAUUGCACACCAGCUGUGCAUCUUACUGAUGUCUGAUAACUUGCUUGUGUUAAUUUAGGCCUUGUUUGUUUCAGAAUAUUGGAUCAUUUGAAGCAAUUAAUAAAAAUAUUUGCACCUUUAUUUUGCUUAUAUUUGGUUUUUUAAGCUUGUUUCAACAGCAAGCUCCUGCACUAGAGGAUGUUAAUUGUCUUUAUUUCCACUUAAAAUUCUCUUAUUUAGAAAUGUAACUACUUAUUCUUUCAACAGCCAAAGUCAUGUCUCAUGUUUCUGAGGCUUUUGUUUGUACAGUAUAGAAUCUGAAUGGAGCAGAAAGAAAAAUCACAAUAAGUUGUUUUAGGGAAUGUAUUGUUCCUUUAUCUUCUGUACAUGCUUCCAUGCAAUUCCUUUUGCACUGUUAAUUGUCCUCUGUUAAAAUGCAGUAAAGAUUUCUGAAAUAGACCAAUAAGUCUAUUUUUAAGCUAAGUGUUUUUAACUAUUAAAAAAAAGCCACUGUGUCAGAAAAUUAAAAACAUCACAACUAACAUUUACUUCUGUUUUCAGUAGCACAGAUGUGUUGGAGAGUGAACAAAUUGAGUUCAAGUGUGAGAUAACUACAUAUCCUUGAAACCCUCUGACUUUUCCUCUUAGACUGAGUGAAUAAGAUUAGGAUUAACUAAUUUUUUUUUUUUUUUCAAUUUUGCUCCAAUUCAUUGCAAAGAAAAAAGCUGUAACAGUAUGUUGCAUCUUAAUGUCUUUCAGCAGCCCAACAGAUGCUUGGAAAUAAGCGUGCUGGGCUGACAGUGUUUCAGCUGAAUAAACUAGGUUGAAUUUGGCUGAGGGCUGACUUAAACCUAAAACUUGAGAGACUUUCUAUUUCUUCUGUUGACUUUUCCCAUAGGCUAUUCAUCUGACUGAUUGCUUUGAAAAAGACAGGAAGUUAACUGUAGCAGGCUGCCUAUUUCAUAGGGUAGAGAAAGUUUCUAUUCCAUGACCUAGGUGACACCAAUUAGUAGGCAAAUCAUUUUCAAGCUAAAAUAAGCUGCUGAGUUCUCAUAUGCACCCCCUGCAAAGUUUUAAAAAUCUCUCUUGUUUACCAGAGAGGUAGUUCAUGAUCAGUAACUUAUGUAACAUGACUUAGACUCAUUUUUUGGUGUCAAUUUCUUUCAUUUGCUGAAUUUGGGGGGAUUGUUCUUUUAUUUUCUUUGAUUUAUUCUCCUAUCUACUGCUUU